GUCCGUUUGUGCAUUUGCAAUUUCUAUAGUCAAUUUUUCCCUGAACAUAACAAAUUAUUUGUAGAACAGAUGCACGAAUAUUAAUUGUUAAUCGUCAGAUUUAAGAUAAGCAGUAAAGUAAAGAAUCCUUAACACGAAUUAGGUUGUUUUCAAUUUACGUAUAUAUUAUUCAAAAACAAAAUAAUACGUUCAAAUAAUACAGUGUAUUGUUGCUUAAAUUUGUAAUUCUGACAAUGCUGGCCAAAAAAUUACUGCUCGCGAUGGGAGUGGUGCUCAUUUCAAUUCAUGUACAGUGUGACGAGGACGAGGAGGUUGCGGCAGGUGUGGGAGGAGUUGUGGACGAUGUGGUGGAUGUAAUUCCAACUGCCGUCGCCACAGUGUACGAGGAAAAAGAAAAUGUUGUCACUAUAAACGCCUCGGCGUCAGAUCCACCGAAUAGCACUGCGUCGUCGACUGACGAGAAACAGGAUGUCACGGCAAAACCCGUUAAAGUUCAGGUGGCUUGUUGGGACUAUAGGAAAAUUUACUCAUAUCCUGAAACUAUAGAUGACGACGAGGCAUCGAAUAAUGACACUGUGAGCAACAGCGUACCACCACUUGAAGAGGAAAUACUAGCAGAACCUAUUGUCGAAGAAGAAGAGGUGUCAGCUGCGGCAACGGAAAUAAAUGAAUCAGAAAAUGAUGCUGUUCCGUCGGAAGAAACAAGUUCAGGUUCGGAUGUGGGUGUGGGAGAUGAAGUUGUAGGCACUGCACCACCCCAUCCUUUGGGAAUAGUAAACAAAACAGUUGAGCUGGUCAACGUGACAUAUUUGAUGAAUGACGUACUGUAUCAAAAUCCAGCCGUGAGGAGCAAGUCCACUCCUGGAAAUUGUACACUCGUUCUCUUUUUUACAUCCUGGUGUCCCUUUUGCGCCAAAGCUGCACCUCAUUUCAAUGCACUGCCCAGAGCUUACCCUCCUCUUCGUGUGGUAGCGAUUGAUGUUCAAAAACAGAAAACAGUUUCCACGUACUUUGGAAUUCUUGGCGUUCCAACUGUCGUCUUGUUUCAAAAUGGAAAACUUAUUGCCAAGUUCAACGAUUCUCAGUUUACACUCAACAAGUUCUCAGAGUUCAUUGAGUACUUUACAGAUUUGAAGCAUGAGGAGAGGAUGAAUGUGACAGCCAAGGAUUUCGAAGGCCCCUUGCCCUCAUUGCCGGAACGUGCAAAGGAUUUGUAUCUCUUGCUGGCCUGGAUAUUCCUUCUCGUAACGUGCGCACGUUACAUCACGAAAUCUGCGAUUUGGUGGAGAUUCGUCGAAUUUGUUAGUGCGACUUGGAGAGAAGCAGAGCUUCAGGCACAUGAACACGCCGACUGAAUGUUUCUCAGCAAAUUUGAUCUCUCCAUAUCUGUGAUAAUUAUAGUCGUUUGUAUAAUAUAGAAUCCACAUAUGUUAUAUUAGAAAACGCAUGAUACAACCUACACCAGGCCAAAUUAUAGAAAUUUUUGUUAUUGGUACCCUAUGCAUGGUUGGUAUAUUUGUCUCAUUCAAAAUGUCAGUAUGAAAUAUUGUUGACUAUUUUUUUCAGAAUACUAGAGAGAAUAUAUACAAAAUUGUACAAUAUUUGUGAAUAUUAUAAAUAAAUCCUUUUAUAUAUCAAUCAA